AGAUAUUAAACAUGGAAGAUGACUCAAAUUGGUACCGCGCUGAAUUAGAUGGCAAGGAAGGCCUUAUCCCUAGUAAUUAUAUAGAAAUGAAAAAUCAUGACUGGUACUAUGGUAGAAUAACACGUGCUGAUGCGGAAAAACUCCUCUCCAACAAACAUGAAGGUGCAUUUUUAAUUCGUAUAAGUGAAUCAAGUCCUGGUGAUUUUUCAUUAUCUGUCAAAUGUCCUGACGGUGUUCAGCAUUUUAAAGUUUUACGUGACGCACAGGGUAAAUUCUUCCUUUGGGUGGUUAAGUUUAAUUCCUUAAAUGAAUUAGUUGAAUAUCAUCGAACGGCAAGCGUAUCGCGAUCACAAGAUGUUAAAUUAAGAGAUAUGAUACCAGAGGAGAUGCUCGUACAAGCAUUAUAUGAUUUUGUGCCACAAGAAUCCGGCGAAUUGGACUUUAGACGCGGCGAUGUCAUCACCGUCACAGAUCGUUCUGACGAGAAUUGGUGGAAUGGCGAGAUUGGCAAUCGAAAAGGCAUAUUCCCAGCAACCUAUGUAACGCCAUAUCAUUCAUAAUAAACUUCAGUGGGGGGAUAACGAUAUUAUAUCAACAACUAAACAAAAACAACACAAAUUUAAAUACACACAAAAUGCGUUUAUAUACAAUACAACUACACAUACAACACAUCCACACAUAAACUCACCAUUAUUGCCACCAACACCAACUACGUAAAAAUUCAAAAAAAGAGAAAGAAACCAAUUUGAUUAUGUUGGCGAGAGAGAAAGAACAACAAUGAAUGCAAAAACAAAAUCAAAUAACUUUUAAAUGCAUUUUAACGUUUUGCAACUAAAUUUAAAA